CCGCUUAUGCGAGCUCAAGAUGUCGUAUUACAAGAAUACCAUGUCCUGGCAAGCCCCGGCUCGACUCCUUACGAAAUAUAUUUGCCUCAAGUCACGCAAUCUUGGCCGUCAUACGUGCUCAUGUUGGGUCACCGUCACUGGCUACACAGGUGUCGAUCGUGCAAAUUCCGUAUUUGGUUCAGGAGAAGUAGCUAGGGUCCUGCCUUUCCCGCCGCUAUGUAUUACUUCAUUGAUAGGACGGGUCGGAGUUCCCGCCACUAUCGAGCCUUGCAUGCACUAAGCCUGGACUAGCAACCGCAGUGGGAGCCUUAUAUAGCGGGCCCACAAUAUGAUCCGUAAUUCUACCCUUCCUGGCGAUUAUCAUUUGCAGAGCACUCUGGAAUAAGUACACGCGACCUGCCCCGUUUCCUCCAGGUCCGCCUGCAGAUCCUUUAGUCGGCAGUCUUCGAGCCUUCCCUAUCCACGACACACCCGUAGGUCUUAUGCAGCUGGCCGAGAAAUAUGGUGAUGUAAUGUACUUCGACGUCUUUGGGAAGUCUCUUGUCGUCCUCAGCAGUCAAGAAGCUGCCUCCGAUCUGCUAGAAAAGCGAAGUGCCGUCUAUAGCAGCCGUUCAUCCUCCACCGUCCACGAGAUGAUUGGAUGGGCGGAUAUGCUUACACUCCUACCCUAUGGAGAACAGUUUCAGAAGCAGCGCAAAUUUCUCCAACAGGCCUUCACCAAACAAGGCUGUCUUGCGUUUCGCCCGAGUCAGCUGUCUCAAACCCAUCUGCUCCUGAAAAGAAUUCCGCAAGAUCCAGCGUGUUACGAGGAUCAUGUGCGGCGAUUCACCGCUGCAGUUAUCAUGGAGAUAGCAUAUGGACACAAAGUCGCAUCGGAUGACGAUCCUUAUGUCGAUAUCGCAGAGAGAACGCACAAAAUUCUCAUGGAGGCCGGCCAUUCCCUGUCUAUACUCGAUUUUUUCCCUUGGCUCAGAUACUUGCCUAGCUGGUUUCCGGGGAAUUGGUUCGGUCGUUUUGCAAACGAUGCAGCAUCAUUUGUUCAACACAUGCGCGACAUGCCUUUCGAACAAGCGACCGGCAAUGCUGCUCCGAGCUUUACGUCAAUGCAGAUCGAGGAGCUUGAACGAGAUGGAGGAGCAAGUCCUGAAUCUUUGCAAACCUUAAAAAUCGCCUCGUCGCAGAUGUACGUGGCUGGCGCAGAUUCAAUAUGGUCUACGAUCUUGAAUGUCAUCGCCGUGCUGUUUCUUCACCCCAAAGUGCAGCGCAAAGUACAUUAUGAGCUGGAUCGCGUUCUCGGCGGGAAGAGGCUGCCUGACUUCGACGACCACGAAUCGCUUCCUUAUCUCGACGCAGUCAUCCAAGAGACGAUGAGGUGGCACCCGACUGCUCCGCUCGGUAUGCCACACAGGAGUACUGCAGACGACAUCUAUCGUGGCAUGUACAUUCCGAAAGGUACCACAGUCCUUGCCAAUAGCGUCGCGAUGUCCAUGGACAAUACGGUGUACGGCAGUCCUACCGAGUUCCGGCCAGAACGUUUCCUCCCACCUCGAUCAGAGCCACUGCCUGUAAAUAUCAGUUUCGGCUGGGGACGCAGGCGGGCACUCUCGCACGAUGAUGUGUCCGGACGGCACUUGGCCGACGCCAGUGUCUGGAUCGUCGUCGCGUCGUUGCUUACCGUAUUCGAGAUUAUACCUGCAAAGGACGACAAGGGGCAAGACAUCAUACCCGAAAUCAAGUGGCUCUGUGGUAUUACGAGGCCACCAUCCCGCGCCGUUUCCGUUGCACAAAUGCAAAAGUGUGCGCGUAACAAAUACCUCCCCUGCGAGCAUCUUGAAGAGCUGAACGGUGCAGGGAUCCUGCCUGCCGUGAAAGGGGAGUAGCGUCUUCGUCGCCGCCCUCUCAAAUGAAAGUUUUACUCAUUCUCCGACAUACCUGCGCAAUAGCAGCGAUUCUUUUAAUACAUGUAUAUAAAGUACGAUAGUGUAUCUUACGAAAGAGCCUUCCUCCUCAGUCCUUCCCGAGACGCUUAUGUAAA